AUACCUAAGGAAAAGAGUAAUAAACCUCCUCAAAAAUCUAGAGAGAAAUCAUUCAAUCAAACAACCCUAAAAUUUUCAUCAAAAUCAUAUAUUUUUUUUCCUUCUUGACGAGUUCUUUCUUUCUUUUUUUGUGAUCUGUAAAAUCAGAACCAAACCCUUAUCAAAUUACACCUUGAAAAAGAAGAAGAAGAAGAAGAAGAAAUAAAGAUCCUCCUAAUCAUACUAAUUGAAUGGCGGAUCUGACUUGUACGACGCCGUUUCUGCUCUAUCCAGCACUCGUCAUCAUCCUCUUCUUCUACUCUAUCAACCACCAUGACCAAAUUUUCUCAUCAUCAUCCGUGGUCCAUGAUGAUGAUCUUUCAUGUCGUCUCGCGUCUCCUCCACAACAACAAGCAGCUGAUUUCUCUUCCUUGAGAAUUCCUUUUCGUUCUUCCUCUUCUUCUUGUCUCAAUAUCACUUCCAACAAUCUCACUUCCACCAACAAUAAUUCGACGUCAGAAGUUGUGGUCGUAGAAGAAGUUGAUAAAGCGGUGGAGAGAAUAGAAGAAGGUUUGGCAAUGGCGAGGGCCGCCAUAAGGAAAGCCGAAGAAGAGAAUCUCCACCGUGAUCGUGAUCGUGAUCGGAGGAAUAACUCCGAUAUGGGAUUCGUAUCGAAUGGAUCUGUCUAUCUCAACGCUCUUACCUUUCAUCAGAGCCACCGAGAGAUGGAGAAGAGAUUCAAGAUAUGGACUUAUAGAGAAGGAGAAGCUCCUCUGUUUCACAAGGGUCCUCUCAACAACAUUUACGCCGUUGAAGGCCAAUUCAUGGACGAGAUCGAGAACGGAAACAGCCGUUUCAAGGCUGCAUCACCGGAGGAAGCCACGGUCUUCUACAUCCCUGUAGGAAUCGUCAAUAUCAUACGCUUUGUCUAUAGACCUUACACUAGCUAUGCACGUGACCGCCUCCAAAACAUUGUCAAAGACUACGUCACUCUCGUAUCGAACCGUUACCCUUAUUGGAAUCGCAGUCGAGGGGCUGACCAUUUCUUCCUCUCCUGUCACGAUUGGGCACCGGAUGUCUCAGCUGCGGAUCCAGAACUAUACAGGCAUUUUAUAAGAGCUCUCUGUAAUGCCAAUGCUUCAGAGGGAUUCACUCCCAGGAGAGACGUUUCAUUGCCAGAAAUCAACAUUGCACACAGCCAGUUAGGGUAUGUACACACCGGAGAACCGCCUCAAAACCGCAAACUCUUAGCAUUUUUCGCAGGCGGUUCUCAUGGAGAAGUCCGGAAAAUACUUUUCGACCAAUGGAAAGAAAAAGACGAAGACGUCCAAGUCUACGAGUAUCUCCCCAAAACCAUGAACUACACUAAAAUGAUGGACAAAGCAAAAUUUUGUCUCUGCCCCAGCGGUUGGGAAGUGGCAAGUCCAAGAAUCGUGGAGUCUCUGUACUCGGGUUGUGUUCCGGUCAUCAUCGCUGAUUCUUACGUCCUUCCGUUCAGCGACGUGUUGAAUUGGAAGUCAUUCUCCAUUCAUAUACCAGUAUGGAAGAUUCCGGAGAUAAAGAAGAUUCUAGAAGCCGUACCAGAAGAAGAGUACUUGGAGUUUCAAAGGAAAGUUCUUGAGGUUCGGAAACACUUCGUGGUAAACAGACCAUCAAAGCCAUACGACAUGUUGCAUAUGAUCAUGCAUUCUAUUUGGUUACGUAGGCUUAAUGUCCGAAUCCCUCUUUCGUAGUGAACGAUAUAUAAUGUUAUAUUGUUUUAAUACACAUACGUAUAGACGUAUAGUACAGGAUCUUGAACUAUGUAGCAAAGUCUCGUUCUUUAUUUUCAGUUAGAACAAGCCUCCGCCUCCGAGUUUUGUUUGGGAAUGAAACGUACAAUUUGCAAUCAGGCCUACUUGUAACAGUAGAAAGCAGGCCUACUUGUAGUUGUAUGAUUAUCUCAUUAUUCAUUGGAUCCGUAUGAUUA